CAGGUGUUCACUCGGACCAAACUCUCGCCAUUAGGCAGGUACUUACUGUGAGCAUUGAUUUAGUUAUUGUGACAAGAUACCAUGGACAAUUAGGGACUAUGGAUGGUUUAAAUUCGCCCAUCUCUGCUGCGAUGACUUCAGGGCAUAUAUAUCAUUAUGAUGUCAACUAUCAAGUACCAGCUCGAGACCCUCUACUUAUUCACUCGAUCGGAUUAUAAAACCAUUUUUUUCCCAGUGUUAAUCUACUCUCUGGCCGUCUCCGACAAGUUCACCUUUAGAUCAUUCAUUUGGACAGUGAUUUGGCUAUGGCUCCACCUACUUCAGGCAAAUGUCUCCAAUCAAAUGUUCAGCGGGCAUGAGGAUAAAUUAAACAAGCCUUGGCGUCCACUUCCAUCUAGAAGAAUUACCCCAAGGCAGGCGCGUAUUUUUUGGUGGUGCCUUACCAUCCUUUGCUUCACGGUUUCCGCUUUAUGUGGUCGUGUCAUUCUUUUCUCAAGUGCAGCGCUCACUUUGGUUGAAAUUUUGCACGACGACAUUGGUCUCAGCGGAAAUCUCGUCCUGAAGAACCUUUGCAAUGUGGGAGGUUAUAUCACGUUCGAACUAGGUGCAAGUGCUUGCUUUAAUUCCAGACACAACUUGGAUCGCAACUCUCUAACAGCCCUGAUCUGCAGUGGGGUCUUAAUUUUCACUACGAUCUCUGCUCAGGACUUUGCCGAUGUCAAAGGCGAUACGUUGUCGGGACGUCGUACCUUCCCAAUCGUUGCACCGGAGGGUUCUCGCUAUUAUAUCCUAGCGAUUAUACCUCUCUGGUCCGGCUCACUUGUAAAUUUGUGGAAUCUUGGCCCAGCCAGUGGUUCCCUCUUUGUUGCCUUCGGAGCAUAUGUUGGGUUUCGUUUCUUUCGAUUCAGGGAUGAACGGUCUGAUAGAUACAACUAUGUCUGGUACAACAUUUGGCUCGUUAUAGCACAUGCUUUACCGUACAAUACUCGUACCCAUUUCUUGCUUUGGUGAAAAUAAGACGUGAAUUCCACGGAGUAUAACAGAUGCCAUGUUAGAC